AUUACACAAAAUUUUAUUAUUUUUUUAAUGAGUAACUUGAAUUUGAUAUUUAUUAAAAUAUUUUGAAAUGUAAUGAAAUAUAAAAAUAACAACACCUGUAAAAAAAAUUCUAACGGAUAAUUUUUCAUCUGCAUGUCAAUAUUAGACCAUGCCCACUUUUCACGACAUGAGCGAUUCUCAACAUGAUUGAAUUCACUCAAUUGUUUGGAUACGACAAUAAACUUUACCUGCAAAGUCCCGCCCACUUUUUAAUAUUACCGUGAAUAACUCGCCAAAACCAAGAAAGAACUAAUUUGAUUGGACGGGGCAGUGUCUAUUUUUCACUGACGAAUCGAUAUCCCUUGUUUAGUAAACCGUAUUAGCCAAAAGAAUAAGAAGAAGUCGAAAUUAUAAGACCUGUUUUAUAGUUUGGUAGUGAAAGCCGUAUUGAGAUUUAUCAUUUAUUGGACUUGAACUUAUUCAAAAGCUAUUGACUAUCUUCAGUUAUUAUAAUCAGUGUAUUGGACUUGUAUAAAGCACGUGGAACACUGUUCAAAUUUUAUAGUAUGGAUAGUGACUUAUCUAAACAGGGACCAACAACAACUUUACCACCAGCAUCACAAGGAAUGCAUGUACCAGUAACUGGAGGUAUGAACAUGCAUCAACAUCCAUCACAACAGCAAGUACAUUCGCCUCCAUCUCCGGACAUGAAUGGACAACACAACAAUAACAACAAUGGUCUUGGUAACAAGAAAGCUGACGAUCGUGUGAAAAGGCCCAUGAACGCUUUUAUGGUGUGGUCUCGUGGUCAGCGAAGGAAAAUGGCCCAGGAAAAUCCUAAAAUGCAUAAUUCUGAAAUUAGUAAGAGACUUGGUGCUGAAUGGAAAUUGUUAUCCGAAUCCGAAAAGCGUCCGUUCAUAGAUGAAGCUAAACGUCUUCGAGCAAUUCACAUGAAGGAUCAUCCUGACUACAAGUACAGACCUCGCAGGAAAACAAAGACCCUGAUGAAGAAAGACAAGUACGCUUUACCCGGUAUGCCCGGUAGUGGAGGACAGCUGCAGUCUGAUCCAAACAGAAUGUAUCCAGGAAUGAAUGGAUAUAUGCCCAAUGGAUAUCCUAUGAACAUGAUGCACGAUCCAAAUGCCUAUCAUAUGGCAAAUCAAAUGGGACUAGCUCAGUAUGGCAAUUAUUCUAUUCCUGCUCAACAAAUGUCUGCAAAUCAGAUGACAUCCGCAUCAUAUAUGAAUGGGACCUCAAACUACACAAUGUCCGUAGGAAUGAAUCCGUAUUCUAUGUCUCCAUCACAGGUUCCUCCGUCCGUAAAAAGGGAACCAAAUCAACCACAAGUUCCAGGACAACCCCGUCAAGCAGGAGAUUUACGGGAAAUGAUUAGUAUGUAUUUACCGGGAGAUGCCAACGAUCCAAAUAGUGCCGCUGCUCACCAUAGACUUAUGCAACAACAUUAUCAGCAGACGGCGUCAUCGGAAGCUGCAGGGGUAAAUAACACAGUGCCACUGACACAUAUGUAAUAUUUUCUGUUUUUUUAAUUUGUUUUACAAAUUUGUGCUGCGAGAGAAAACAUUAUAUUUCCCAUUAUAUAUAUAUUGUUUAUCAUUUUUACAUUGUUGAAUGAAUGAUCGUCGAAAUCCAUGACAUUUGUAAGACUGUAUAGCAUGUUUGAAAAGCAGACAAAUCGAAUGAGACGAGCGCGUGCGUGUGUGAAUGUUUAUUUGAGUUAUAUGGUGCGAAUUUUGCAAAAAAAUGUGCUGAAAUUAUUGAAAAUAGAUCUAUAUAAUUUUAUUACAAUCAUUACAGAAGUGAAAAACUUAUUUAUACACGAACUGUUGAAACGAGAUAAUUUUGUAGAAUAUAUUUAGCAUAAUAAGUCGGAUUCGAAAUUCGCCAAACAAAUUUAGGGAAAUUUUCCACACCUAUAUAUAUUUGCUCACGGUAAAUUCAAUUUUCUUGAAGUAGGUUUGUAAGUAUGAUUAGAUUUUGUUUUGUUUAUGUAUUUAAUCGUGGUAAUGUUCCGUAUAUUUUUUUAUGUUUAAAAUUGAAUUUUUAAAUAUAUUUCAACUUUAUGUGGCUCAAGGUUUAUAUGGUAAAAUGAUUUUGUUUGAACUAAACCAAACUAUUUAGGUUUUUUUGUUAAACUUUUAUUUCAUUCUGUAUAUUUUUGAGUAGAACGCGGAACUGGAACAAAGUUUAUACACGUAUUUUAUAUAUACAUAUAAUUCGAAUGUUCGGUCCGUAUAUAUAUAGUCUCUGCUAAUUCUAUUUGUUUACUAUUUAAAUUUAUUUGCAUUUUUUUGUAUAUAAAGAUAAUGUUUAUUUUGAAUUGAAAAUGCAAAACAAGAAGAAUUAAAUGAUCUGAAAACUGAAA